AUGAAACGCGAGGAAGACGGCUUGGAUAAGCCCUGCCUCUUCAAGUGGAGCCCUUCAGAUCUUAUCCUAUGUCUCUGUUCUGCUAAUAGUAGGGAGAUGAAGGAAGCACUGGUUGCUGAGCUGCAGGGUCCAGCACCUUGCUAUGAACCUGAUUUUCCCGGCCUGUUUCCUGUACACAGCAUGGACCUGAUUGAGCUCUGGCUGGCAGCCAAAACUACGCUGUACAGUACCCUCCUGGAUAGGUAUGGACCACUGCUGGAUGUUGGCAGUCAGUACAAGAUACUCCCUCGCUUCCAGUUUACUACCCUCUCCCCUUACUGGCAACCACAGAACCAGAACCAGAAUCAGAACCGGCCGAGACCUGCUUUGAUUGAGCUGUCUGCCAGAGUUUCUGGCGCCCCUGUGUUAACGGUCAUGCUCGAGACCAAAGUCACCUAUCACAGUGUACUGGGCAACGCAACCGCGGGGCCUAUGAUGUUCUAUACUGGGGCUGCCAUACACUGGACGAUGCUCGGUUUCUUCGUGGCCGAACCGUCAAACAGGCUGGGAGAAGUCUGGUCAAAUGCCUUCUUUCAGCAACAAGGCUUGAUGGUGCGGUUAUUUUCGUACGAGUAUGACUCAGUUGACACUUUCAGCACUGGUUUCGGGCGCGUCUCUGGGGAGGCGGAUGGCCUAUUGAACCACAUCAGCACUGUCCGGCCAAAGGCUGCCUUGGUGAACGCGUCUCAAAAUGGUCAUUAUGCUGAAAUCAAAUCUGCCACGAACUUAGACUCCCAAAUAUCAAGGUUCACGCUGCCUCCUCCGUACAAGGAAGGUGACGUUUGUAGGGCGAAGCUUACGAGGGUCAGGAUGAAUGCCCUCCCAACGGAGAUAAUUGCAAUUAUCGCCGGCUACCUACCAAACAGUGGCAUCAAGACCCUGCGUCUCACAUGCAGAACCCUCUGCAACACCGUCCGCCUCCGUCUAGACCGCGUCUUCCUCUCCGCAAACCCGCUCAACAUCGCCGUCUUUCGCGCCAUCGCCGAUAGCGAAACAUUCCGCCACGGAAUCAAGGAGAUAAUCUGGGACGAUGCCCGGUUUCUCCAAGUCCCAUACGGAGAGUUCCACAUUGCCGAUUCCCGCGAGGAUCUCCGGAUAGAUAAGGAGAGCGGAUGUCUUCAAUGGUUCGUCGACGCAUGUAAAAAGAAUAGGGAGGAUCUACAGAUGCGCAAGUUCGCACAUCUGGACAGGGGCAAAAUGCCCAAACAGAUCGUUGUUGCAGAGGAGCAAGCAGCCACUGAGCUGCCUCUGUGGAUUUGCUGGCAGUAUUACCAGAAUCUACUGCAACAGCAGGAGGAGGUUAUUGUCUUUAACAAGGACGCUCAGGCGCUGGAAUAUGGACUUCGCCGGUUUCCGGCGCUCAAGAGGGUUACUGUUACGCCUGCGGCGCAUGGAUGGAUUUUCACUCCGUUGUACGAGACGCCUAUGAUUCGCGCGUUCCCCAGGGGGUUUAAUUACCCCAUCCCACGCGGUUGGCCCAGCGUCUCCAGUAGCGGGACGUACAGGCCCAGAGCGCAGCCGUGGGAGGACGAAGCUACCAAAAAGGACUAUCGCGGGUUUGGCAUCAUAACGCGUGCCCUGGCUUCGUAUACAAAGCAUCAAGUCUCAGAACUGAUAAUAGACGCCCACGCCCUUGACACAGGCCUAAACUGCCGUGUUUUCGAAGAGCCAAAUCCCGAAUACGACGAUUUAGUGACGAUCCUCCGCCGACCUGGCUUCACCCGCCUUGACCUAUCCCUUUCAGUCCGCGGCCAGGAGUGGACAGGUUGGCCCUGUUUCCGCAACGGCUACCUCCGCCGCGCCCUUGCCGAAGCCCACGACCUCAAACACAUCGCCCUAUCCACAGACGUCGAGGAGGACCCAGCAUCCGAUACCACUGUUCCAGAAACCGGCGGUGGUCGCGCACAACUCGUUUCCCUACGCACAAUCCUCCCCACGGAAAAAUGGCACUCGCUCCGCUACUUCAGCCUUUCAAACUUCCUCGUUGAUAAAAAUGACAUUAUCGCCAUCCUUUCCUCCCUCCCGCCCACCCUCCGCUUCGUCCACAUUGGCUUCCUCUACUUCGUUGACCAUGGUGGCUCAUACCGCGAACUCCUUGAGGAUAUGCGUGAUCAACUCGACUGGCGCAGCCGCGACCCUACCAUCCGUCCAGUUGUUUCUGUGGCGAAGCCUACCAUGUAUAUCCAGAUCGGGCAUGCGAUCUGGCUUGAUGGCGAGGUUAGUCAGUUUCUUUACGGGGAUGGGCCGAAUCCGUUUUAUAACGGGGGUGAUGCGGUGGGUGAGGUUGGGGUUGUGAGGGAUGCGUUUAUGGAUGGGGUUGAGUGGAGGAAUCGGGGAUAUUAA